GUCUAUUGCCCCGCACGCUGUAAUGGACAAGUGCCAAAAAUAACCCCAGUUUUAGCCCAGCCUCGCGUACCAGAACGUCUUAGAAGUUUCUAGCGUGGUUUAUCAUUAGAAGGUAUAUACAAGUGGCACCUUGAAGCUGGUCCACGUCCACUAUUGAUAAGUGAGCAGUUGUCAGUGUUGUGUCUCCCCACAUCCUCUGCUUUAGCUACUCCAUAUACUCGCUUACUGUAGGAGUUUCAAGAUGACGAAAGCUGACAGUGAAAAAACGCCUCAACAACUGAAGGAGGAAGGGAAUGAAGCAUAUAAAAACAAUGACUGGGAUACUGCGAUUGAAAAAUAUACUCAGGCCAUUACAAUUAGUACUGAAGAUAGGGAUUCUUCAGUUUUAUACAAAAAUCGUGCUGCUGUUUAUCUCAAAAUUGAGGAUUUUGAGAACACUGUGAAAGAUUGCACACGCUGCCUCGAAAUUACUCCAAAAGACCCCAAGGCACUGUUCCGUCGAGCCCAAGCCUAUGAGAGUUUGGAGCAGUUUGAGAAAGCAUAUGCAGAUGCCAGGGCACUCCAGUUUAUUGACCCAAAAAAUAAAGAUGUUCAGGAAAUGUUGUCAAGAUUACAUAAAAUUGUACAGGACCUGAUUGAAGAAAAAACCAAAACUUCAGGAAAAGUUCAACAAUUGUUUGAAAUUCUUUUUGAUCCAGGCUCUGAAAAAGACAAGAGGGAAACUUGUGCCAACAAUCUUGUGGCUUUGGCUAAGGAAAGAGCUGGUGCUGAGCUUUUGUUGAAGCAAAAUAUACUGGCUCGAAUGGUUCAGAUGCUGAAGACGGAAGCAAAUGUUGAAAUUAAAGUUGCUUGUGCUAGAACAUUAUCUGAAUUCUGCAAGGAUUUAGAUAGGACCAAGACGAUUCUGCAAGAAGUGGGUAUUCCUUGGCUUCUAGACCUAAUGAACAGUAAAGAUCAGGUACUAGUCAAUGCCACACAGUACACCAUCCAGACAAUCUUCAACACCCUGGCUGGCAUGGAUAUUAAAAAGGAAAAGAAACCUGACAAAAAUCUUCUAGCAGCAAAUCAGAAAGAAAUUGACAGUUUGAUGGCUACUAUGGUCUCUAUUGUGACCCAGCGUACCAUGAGCGGAGAGUGCAGAGAUGCUGUAAUAGAACUUAUCCUGAAGAACGUGACAUAUGAAAAACUGAACUGGGGUGACAAGUUCAUUAGAAUGGGAGGUAUAGAGAAAAUGUUAGACAUCUGUUCUGAGCUGGAGGAAUUUAAUUUUGAAAGUCGUAUAGAUAUCACUGAUAAUACCCGCAUGACAACGGCUAUCUGUCUCUCUAAUGUGUAUGACACGCAAUAUGACGACAAGAUGAAGGAGGCUUACCAUCAACGAGUUGAUGAAUAUAUCAGAUUACGACUGUUAACGCCAGAUAUAGAACACAAAAUUCGUGUCACUGUUGCCAUAACAACUUUGCUACUUGGACCUCUAGAUGUAGGGGGCAGGCUCAUCACAAAAGAAGGUAUCUUGGAGAUGAUGUUGGUUAUGGCAAACACAGAUGAUGUCUUACAGCAGAAGGUUGCCUGUGAAGCUCUUAUUGCUGCAGCAUCCAAGAAGGACAAAUGUAGACCUAUUAUAACACAAGGUACUGACAUCUUGAAGAAACUUUACCAGAGCAAGAAUGAUUCAAUUCGUGUGCGUGCUUUGGUGGGAUUAUGUAAGCUUGGUUCUAUGGGCGGCACUGACGCUUCUAUGAAACCUUUUUCUGAAGGAGCUUCUCUUAAGCUGGCAGAAGCUUGUAGAAGGUUCCUUGUUAAUCCAUCGAAAGACAAGGACAUGCGACGAUGGGCCUGUGAGGGCCUUUCCUACCUUACCCUUGAUGCUGAUGUUAAGGAGAAGCUCAUUAACGACAGACCAGCCAUUCGUUCAAUGAUUGAACUUGCUAAAUCUGGUGACAUGAACUGUUUGUAUGGUGUUGUGGCAACCUUUGUCAACCUCUGUAAUGCAUAUGACAAACAAGAAGUAAUUCCGGAGAUGGUCGAGUUGGCAAAGUUUGCUAAGCAGCAUGUUCCCGAGGCUCAUGACCUGGAUGACCCUGAUUUUAUUGAAAAGCGUGUCAAGGUACUUGCUGAGGAAGGUGCUGCAGGAGCUCUUACAGCACUCAGCAAAACUGAUAGCCAUAAUUCCAAGGAACUUAUUGCAAGGCUGUUCAAUGCCCUGUGUCAGAUGCAAGAAAAUAGAGGUUUGGUAGUGCAGCAGGGAGGCUCCAAGGCUCUGCUUGGCCUGGCAGCAGAAGGCACAAAAAAGGGGAAGACAGUAGCAGCACAAGCUUUGGCUCGCAUUGCCAUCACUAUCAAUCCAGAGACAGCUUUCCCAGGACAGAGAGCCUAUGAAGUUGUACGACCACUGUUAAAGUUACUGGACCCAGAGUGUGAAGCUUUAGAGAACUUUGAGGCUCUGAUGGGUCUCACUAACAUUGCUGGAAUGUCAGAAUCUACUAGAAAACGCAUCAUAAAGGAGAGAGGAUUGCCAUUAAUUGAAAAUUACAUGUUUGAGCACCAUGAAAUGAUUAGAAGAGCAGCUAUUCAGUGUAUGGCAAACAUGUGUGCAUCUCCAGAUAUAGUUAAGAUACUGGAAGGGAAGAAUGACAAGUUUAAGUACCUGUUUCUGUGUACUUCUGAUGAGGAUGAGGAAAUUAUUAAGGCAGCUACUGGUGCCCUCUGUAUGGUCAUGUCAGAGUCACCCAAGUGUUUGGUAAAAGUGUUCGAGGCCAAUGAUUGGGAAGAAAUCCUCAAGUUCCUGCUUUCUCAUGGAAACAAGGAGAUACAGUACCGUGGGACUAUCAUUGUUUAUCUCCUGGUCUGUCACGACAAGCAGACAGCUGAGAAGGUGAUCGAUACACAUUGCAAGACUGCCCUUGAAGCUAUUUCCAAGAUUGACAAUCCAGAAUUAGUUUUGCCCAAGGCUCGUGAAUAUGCACAUGAUACAUUGAAGCUAUGUGCAACUCAGUGGAAGCUCAUCAAGGAUCCUGAUGUAGUAGAUGAAUAAAAAUAUAUACUGUACCUUAUGCCAGGGCCAUUUCUUCAAUCAACCAGAAAGUCGGUAAACUGCCAACUAAUAUUUAACCUAAAGCUUAAUAUGAGCAUUUUACAUUAAACAUUGUUUAUUCAAAUUUUAAAUGAGAAAUUUCUACAUACACACACCAUUUCCAAUCCUUAAAAAUAUGAACUAGUCAAAUUGAAUUAAGAUAUCGUACUAUAUGAACGAAUACAUACGGUACUUCCUCAGUGCUCAGGAGUUUAAAAUGUAGAGCCUUACUCUUACACAAGGCUGGUGUAUAAUAUGCAUUGGUAUUCCAGUUGAGAUGAUCCUAUUCAUAAAUGCUAGUAGUUAUCAGCGAUUAGAUUUUAAGAGUUUCUUGUGGCGAUUCAUGGGUGGUUAACUUAAGACGAGGUUACCUCGAGAUGAUUUUGGGGCUUAGCGUUCUCACGGCCCCGAAACCAGUCCUCCUAUGGGUGGAAGACAUUUGUGCCUUAGCAUUAUUUAUUGUUAGAUAUAAAAUUUGUGUAAACCAUGUUAAAUUAUUGAUUGCUGUGUAUAUUUAUCUUUUAUCAAUUUGUAAAGUGUUUCUAAUAAAAUGUAAAUUUCAAUUUACUG